CGUAGUAACAUAAGCCAAGGUUCAAAUUUAAUUACUUUUACCUAUCAAGAUUUACGCUUUUGGAGACCUGAGAAGUAUGCGAACAUAGCGCCCUACCGACGUGUUAAUUUCUUUCCGAAGAGCUUUUGUCUUCGAAUCACUUUAAUUGAAUGUGAUAUUGAAUGCACCUUUUAUGAAAUUAUCUGUAAAAGAGUUUAGAAGGAACUGUCUAAUUGGAACAUGAAUAUUGAUGAUUCGCAGCUUUGUUCUUUUCAUGCAUAAUUUCGUUGCGAAGUAAACGGGGAAAUUAGUUGACACCGAAUCGAACGCGCGGCUCUUUCGUACUCAAAACAUUCGUAUCGAAUACGCGUUGAUUGCCUCUGCAAGCCAAUUUGACGGAGUUUCGGUCGAUUCUUUGGAGAAACGCAGAACAGUUUAAACCUGAUAUCAAAUGAUUUGCUUUCGCCCAAAUAAGCAUGGAUGGGACUAUACACUACAAUGAGCCAGCUGACUGAGAUGCAUGUACAGAUUGGUGAUGGUCUGUCUGUUGGGGAUCAGGAGAGUGACUGUGAUGAUGACGACAGGCGGGAAUUGAUCAGUCAUUAUGCCAAUGACAAGUACCUCAGUAAAUGGGAAGUGGCUGAAGAGGAAGAAGAGAUUGAAGAGGAAACAGAAAAGUUGGAUGAGAAAGAGCCAAGUAUAGAAAACUCAGAUGUUGAGGGUGUCCCAAGUGGUCUUAGUUUUCAUUGUAAUACGCCAAAAGAUGUCGAAGCCUUGUUCAGACUGUGUGUAUGGAGAUACAUUCGAGUUGUUCAUGUGGUUGUGGGUUUCUCUUCACAGCUUUGGCAAGGUUACGGAGGAAACAUUUAUUUUAAUGCCGUCCGUUGUCAAUCAAUGCGGAUCAACAGUGCCAAGUAUGGAAAACUGAAAAAGGACUUUACAAAAAGAUGGAAAUCUAAAUCUUGCACCCCAUUGAACAGAAAAGAUGGUUAUCAGACACAACCAGUAAGUUCAGCCAAAUCAGAUAUGGACAUAGCAAUACCCUCCAGAAGGGUAAAGAGAGAAAUAAGCAACCUUUCUCUGAGUAAUUAUCUGAAGGCUGUACCCACACGAAGUUCACAGGAACAGGAUAAUCUGACAUCUCCCAGAUCAAAUCUGAUGCCAAAGAUUAGCUACACUAAACGAUCGCGAGCCUUGCCGACAUUUUACAUGGUGAACAAUUCCUUGCAUCAAGUAAAUCACACUGGAUUCAAUUCACCGCGGGCGAAUACCUCCCAGGUAUAUGGUGGAUAUUUUCCGACAACAGGCCGAAAUGAAUCGAAAGUGUUUUACGCAGAGAUCAGCACCAGUUCAGAGAAGAACUCCUCGCCAAGUGGUGAUGAUAAAAUGCAAGGAUUCUUGAGAAGAACGAGAAGCACAAGCCCCAAGAAAGUUCUUUCAAACUCUCGCAUUCCGUUUUUAAAGACCAAUUACUUAUCCAGAAAGUCACUCUCACGAAAAAGUGUCGAACGAUCGCCAAGAGCUCAAAACUCACUAAAAUCUGACCAGAGUUUAUUGCACGUACCUGUUACAGGACACCAAUUUUCGAGGUUGAGUGGAGUCAGUGAUAGAUCAUUAUUUUGCCCUCUGGUGGGGUGAAAAUGAGACGGGGUCAAACGUUUGCGCAUGUGUGAGCGUUGAAACGGCUGAGAGUCUCCAAAAAUGGUCUUCCUACAUCGUGUUCACAGGCUGUCAAAAACCAGGUCUCACUAGAAUUUGAAAUAGCUUAAGUUUUUUCUCCAAAAAUUUUAUUUCCCUAUAAAGAUUUCUUAACAGUGAAUGGUUUGGAGACUUCUGCGAAAUUUUAGCUUUCGUGAAUUUUGUGGGGCACCGGUUGGUUUUAUGGAGGUCUUCGUAUAGAAUUUGCGCGGGAAAUUGGUGCGCUCCUGGCACUGAUUUUUUGGGCAUGCCCACCGUUUGACCGCUGCCUCGACAGUAGACCUAGACGGGCUGUAAUCAGGCAAUCAGUGGCAAUAUGCAGGUUUGGAAAGAGUUUUCAAGGCUGUGUUUACGCUUGCAAGUUUUCCUCGGCAAUUGCUGUUAUCGGAUUCCUCAGGUUUUCAACAAAAACUGAGAUUCGCCGAGAGAAAAAGUUAGAAAUUUGUUAGUGACGUGAACGAUAUGAAGAUGACGUGACAUGACUUGAAGAUAACGUGACUUGAUAAAGACGUGACGUGAAGACGACACUGAAAAAUCUGUAGUAGUUUUAAGUGGAAUUCUACUCUAACAAAUGUUCCUGAACCAGUGUCUUAUCGAGACAGUUGAAUAGACCAUGUAUUAGCGUGACUGUUUAGAUCUUUUAUAUCCAGUACUUCCAUUAAGAUCAGAAUUUAAAGAGUAAAUAAUAUAAAUAAUAGCUUAAUAUGAUCGAUGAAACCCCAUAGGGGCUUAUGAAAUGAUUUAGUGUUAAUAUAUGUGUUCCCAUACUUUUGAUACGAGCAUGAACGGUGUACCAAGAAUUGUGGAAGAGUGGUACGAUGAUGAAUAACGUGACUUACCUACCCAUUUAAUAUCAAGGGGCACUUUAAUUACACGAAAGAUGUGUUUGUUGUUAAUUGUGGUUGUAUUGCUAUGUGAAUGUUCAAAUAUCAUGAUCAAUAACAGGUGGCAGUAUUUC